AGUGGAUAAAGAGUUUAUAGAGGUGUUGACUCAGGCGUAUUAGUUUCUCACCUGCCAUUUAGUUAUAUCUUUUAGACAGACAUUCUUGCAUUAUAUCACUCAAGCUCUGGAUUACUUUUGCACAUCUGGGGUGUUUUUCCGUCUUGCUUUUUGUUUUAAUUUUUGUAUUUUUUUACAUUUAUCUAAGGAUUUUAGGUCAUGGGCUUGUGUGCCUGCUAUUUUGUAAUGCACAGUAUCAUACAUGCAGUACCCGAUUGAAGUCCUUAGUCCAUAAUUCAAGGGGAUUUUGCUAAGCCUGGAAGCGCUGAUUGCAGUGUGGGCUGGACUUCCUUUCAGUCAAGAUUUGCUUUCUCUAGAUACCAAGUGGUUCAUGUUUGGUCCAGGAGACUAAACAAUCAAAGAUGGAUUUUGGGGCUUUGGAAACAGUGGUAGCCAACUCAGCAUAUAUUACAGCUCGUGGCAGCUUUGAUGGGGGCUUCAACCCUCAAAUUACAAGAAAUAAGAAGUUUCGUGCCAAGCUUAAAUUGCCUCCUCUAUCAGAGUGUGAACAUCUGAAGGAUCAGCUUGAUCUGGAAUUUGACAAUAUUUGUGUCAAACAACCCAUUGGAAAGAAGUUGUUUCAGGAGUUUUUGGGAACUGUGGAGCAAUUUGUACCAGCUCUGGACAUUUGGGGUGAUAUUGAGGAUUACGAUGUUGCAGAGGAUGAGGACCGAUUGCGAAAAGCUACUGGCAUCAUCAACAAACAUCUUGAUCCACAUUCAAAGUAUUUUUGUGUCUAUUUAGAUGAGAAAAAAAUUGCACCAGUAGUUGAGGAGUAUUCCAAGGUCCCAGAUGGGCUAUUUAAAGACCUACUUCAAUCUACUUUGGAUUAUUUAAAAGAAAAUGCUUUUCCACUGUACAAGGAGGGAAAAUAUUUGUCCAAAUUUCUUCAGUGGAAAUGGCUAGAAGCUCAACCCGUUGGAGAGGACUGGUUCAUGGACUUUAGAAUUCUCGGGAAAGGUGGAUUUGGGGAGGUCUCAGCCUCUCAAAUGAGAGGAACAGGAAAAAUGUAUGCCUGCAAGAAACUCAACAAGAAACGUUUGAAGAAAAGAAAGGGAUUGGAUGGUGCCAUGGUGGAAAAAAGGAUUCUUGCCAAAGUUCACAGUAGAUUUAUUGUCUCUUUGGCAUAUGCAUACCAAACAAAAAAUGAUGUCUGCUUAGUUAUGACUAUAAUGAAUGGAGGUGACCUACGGUUCCAUAUUUACAAUGUUGAUGAGGAAAAUCCAGGUCUUGAUGAACCCCGAGCCUGUUUUUACACUGCUCAGAUCGUAUGUGGCAUGGAACACCUACAUCAAAACAGGAUCAUCUAUCGGGAUUUGAAACCAGAAAAUGUAUUAUUAGAUAAUGAUGGAAAUGUUCGUAUUUCUGACCUUGGGCUUGCUGUGGAACUGAAGGAAAAGAAAAACAAAAUCAAGGGCUAUGCUGGAACUCCAGGAUUUAUGGCUCCAGAAUUGCUGAACGCAGAAGAAUAUGAUUACUGUGUGGAUUACUUUUCCUUGGGUGUAACUCUGUAUGAGAUGAUUGCUGCACGUGGCCCAUUUCGGUCCCGAGGAGAGAAGGUUGAACCCAAGGACUUAAAGAGCCGAGUCAUAAAUGAAGCAGUGACAUACACAGAGAAGUUUACUGAUGAGUGCAAAUCAUUCUGUGAAGCCUUACUGGAGAAAGAUCCCAAGAAACGUCUUGGGUUUAGAAAUGGGAGUUGUAAUGACCUACGAGUAGUUCCUUUCUUUAGAGGAAUAAACUGGAGGAAGCUUGAAGCUGGUAUUCUUCCACCACCUUUCACCCCUGACUCCAGAACUGUCUAUGCAAAGGAUAUUCAGGAUGUUGGGGCAUUUUCAACAGUUAAAGGGGUCAACAUUGAAGACAAUGACAAGAAGUUCUUUGAUGAGUUUGCUUCAGGCAAUAUCCCUAUACCAUGGCAGGAGGAAAUGAUUGAGACUGGCAUUUAUGAUGAAAUAGAUGCAGAAUUAAAUGAUGUCAGAAGAAAUUCCACAGCUAAUGACAACUCAGCUAAGUCUGGAGUAUGUCGAGUUGCAUAGAAGACCUGCAAGUUUUGUAAUGACAUACAAGAGAAAUAACUAACUUGUAUUUUUGUUGGUCUCUUGUGUGAACUGCAUAUUCUGCUGUGAGAAGAUUCAGACCUGCAAAGCACUUAAUUAGAGAUAUUAGAUUUUUAGCUAAUAGUGGCUUUUUGUUUCCUUUUUAUCCACAUACAAAGUAAAAUGUACAUAUGGAACCACUCAUGAAAAGACUACAGGCAACAAUCAUGGUGUUGACAGUUGUAAAAGCUGCUAGUCAUUUUAUCAUGGAAAUGAUACGUAUGGACAUCAUAUGUAGGGUUGCAAUUAUGUGCUCCUCCAAAUUGUGACAGGUUACCUUAAUUUUUUUUGUUUAAUUACGAUUUUAUUACUAAUUUAUGAAUGUUAGGGUUCUCUUCUAUAAUACAUUUCUUAUUUAAACAAUAUUGAUUUAAUAACUAAAAUAUAAGUAAGGACUACUAGAUCUAGGGUGGUACCCUUGUUGAAGUUUUGAUUACAAUUCAGAAUAAGUUGGCAUUGUCUUGCCUCAUACCAACGAUUAGUCUGCUCUAGGUAUAGUGGUAGUAGGAAUGUACAUUUAUAAAAUAUAUAUCUGAACCUUAACUUUUACCAUACUGUAAUGCUUACUUAACCCCUUUUUCCUUUAAAUUCUGAAAUGUUGCCGCAAAAUACUUAUUUUUUUUCCUUGAUUACACAUAUCCUUACUAGCAUAAAGUUAUAAAAUAAAAUAAAAAAGUAGGUGUUCAUAUACACCUAAAGAGCAAAACACAUUUUUUGGCCAGGGGAGAUUGGCUUUCAUAUAUAUUUUUUUCAGUUUUAUAUAGCUUAUAUAUAGUUUACAUUUUAUAGUAACACAAAUUAUGCACUAUUGUUACCAAACCUAAUUUUUAGCAUCUGGAAAAGGCUAUGUUCACAACUAGAUUUAAUAAACAAUUUUUUAAAAACCUACAGAAGUUAGCUGAUACUCUGCAGAGGAUAAUUAGGGGCUUCUAUUAAUAUUGAUAUAAUAUAACUUUUGUAAGGGGGUUAAAUUGUUUAUCAGUAAAAAUGGCAACAUUUGUCUUAAUGAGAUGGGCUGCCUUUUACUAAACAUUCAAAUUGAAAUGGCUAAUAAUUGUCUUUUGUUAGGUAACGUCAGGAGCUUUAAAUAAAUAAAUAAUUUGUAUAUACAUAUUAAAAUUAUUUUUAAAACAUGAAGUAUAUAACUAGAUUAUAUUAUUUUACAGAUUUUUUUGGUCAAAGUUGACAUGUUAGAAAUAUUUAUUUUCCUAAUGUGCUUCUUAUAAGUAUAACCAGUAUGUACAGUAUGUGAGCGCUGCACUGGUUUUCAUUAUAGAUGCUGUGAAUGUAUUAGUUUAUAUUUUGGUUAGCAUGUGAAUUUGACAUGUGAUCUGAAAAUAGGUGCUUUAUACACGGCUCAAUACAAUGUAUAGAAAGUGAAAUAUAAAACAAUGUAAAUGUUGAAAUAAAAAAAUAGAAAACA